AUGGGGGAGAACUGGCUCAGAGAGCUUCACUGGAAGCAUUGCAUGGGGCACGGGCGGGUGUGUACGGCUGGGAAGGCUCCCAGGCUGAUCAGAGACCCCGACCACAUAUGGAUCGAGGCACUUGAUAUUGGGGGCUUUGCCGGGGCCGCCGGGCGACGCUGCAACUCGCAUGCCCAACGGGCUUGGUUCGACAAGAUGGAGGUGGAAGGGGUGCAUGAGGUGCAUAGGGUGAGGUGGAAGCUGACAGGGGACUUGAGGGCAGGUCCGGUGCUGAUUGGCCACGUCGAGGACCCCGGCCGCCGAAAAGGAAAUCAUCACCAGAUCAACGCCCACGUCGGCCAGCUCUCCCUGUCAAUGUACUACUGGUCACGGGAGCCUUGGCCACAGGCCCGUGGCCGGGCUACGAGACAGCAUGGUGCAAGUAUAACGAGGUCAUACACACCAGAGCCCAGCAGCGAGGUGAUGCCUGGUCGUGAGAAGACACCUGCGGGGAAGAGCCCCAAGCGUGUUCGCUGGAGAGAUGUCAAGGAGGGGGAUGACGGGCUGUCGACACCACCACAUACGCCACAGUUGGGCAGACUCGGCACCCCUGAGCUUGAAUUGAGGGCGAAUUGCGACAAAUUCUGUGACUGCUGCUCAGAUGAGCAGAUGUAUCGUGAGGAAAGGUCAAAGAUGGAUUCUCAAAUCGAAUCUGCCUUGGCUCACAUACGUGGGUCUUCAGGGAGGAAGCUGUUGACUGCUGGAAGUGAUGGUCGCCGGGCGAGAUGA